AUACAUCCAACAAACAAUUUAUUUAUUCAAAAAUAUUAAAUAUAUUAUAAUAUUAAAAAUAUAAAAAUAAAUUAAUUGUCAAAAAUGAAAAAAUUGGUUGCUUUACUUUUUGCUUGCGCUGUUCUAAUCUCUUAUGUUGAGUCCAAAAAAAAGCUGAGAUAAAAUGAUCAACAGGAUGCUAAUGGAUUCACUGAUUAACUUCUAGAAGGUCCUAAAUAAUUAAACUCAACUUAAGGAGUAGAUCAAAUAGCUUAGCGUAUCGUAAGUGAUCCCAAUUAAGUUCAUGCUCUUGAAGCUGACAAAGAAAAUCAGUUCUUCAUUUAAACUAAACCUGUUGCUAUUAUGUAUAAUAAUGAUCCUGAUUUUAAACCAUAGCUCAUUUAAAACAAUAUGGAUUCUUCUAAAGGUGUCACACAAUUCGAUAGCUUGCAAUAAGAAUGCUUUAGAUAAUGCAAAAAAAUUGGUGGAAAUGUCUUUUACUAAAAUAAGAAUAAAAAUUACUUUUGCUGCUAGUUUGCUCUAAAUAACAAUUAUGAUGGUACUUACUAACAAACCUGCUUAACUGCAACCUUAAAUUGUUGA